AUGCUCACCACGGCUCUCCGUAAUGGCGUAACCGAAAAGGUUACAAAACGCAAGCUGAAGGCCCACUCCGAACACCUCAUGAAGCGCGUCUCGAGAGCUUGUUUGCACUGUCGCCAGCGCAAAUCUAGAUGCGACUUGGAUAGUAGUGGAAGCCCAGGAACUCCGCCUUGUCAGCGGUGUCUGCGAGACCAUCGUGAAUGCGUUCUGGGUAGCUCUAACAGAGGAGGGCGGCGUAUUCGCAAGCCAAAAACUACCAAUAUUGAGAUGAAUUCAAAUUCCUCCCCCACCAAAGUGCUGCAACUGCCUCCGACCGGCGUCUCUGGUCCUUCAGAACCCCAUUCGUUCCCGCAGCCUUAUCCGCCAGAUCACUAUGGACGAUCCGAUCCACCCACCACUUCCACUAUCAAUAUCGACGACGACGAUGAUUCCGCCUCAACUACGGACAGCGCAAUCGGAUCCGUUCCACGGAACCCGUCUGACGCAUGGCAGUGUCUGACAAAUGUUGCCAAGCGAGGGUCAGAAAGCGCAAACCUCGAUAAAACCGGAGAUCAUUAUUCAGAGUCGAAAAGACGUACUAGACUAACUGGUGUUGAAGAUGAGGACCCUGAGCCGGGAAUCAAGGCAUAUCGCCUUAUCAAGAACAGGUCCCUCACCCGUGAAACUGUUUCCCAGCUUGUGACGCGUUACGCGGAAAAUUUCCAUCCUUAUCUUCCCCUUGUUCCACGAAAAUACUUUGAUCCAGCUGCUCUAGAAUCAUUUGCGUCACAGGAAAAGCAUCUGCUUACCGCAGUCCUUACCAUCGCCUCAAAGGACCUUGUCGAAACCCCGCAGGUUCAUGAGGUUUGCUCCAAGUAUAUGCAUGAACUAAUAUCUGGCAUUGCCGCUGGAACAGAUUGCGAUGUUGAGGCGGUUGAAGCAUUGCUGAUCCUCGCCGAAUGGGAACCACAAGGCCUACGGCCGAAAAUUGAAGCCGUGGGGCGAGGAGAGGAAGAUAGGGCAGCGUGGAUGCACGUGGGACUAGCUCUACGCUCGGGAUAUUUCCUUGGGCUUGAUCGGACUUCUUUCAGAAGUGAUCCCGCCAACGACGCGCAGGUCGACGGACGGAAGCGACUGGCAUGGACUAGCUGCUAUAUUUCGGAUCGAUUGAUAUCCGUUCGCAUCGGACGAGCAUUUUGGUCGCGGGGCCCUGGCCCAAUGACGGGACUUGUUAGCAAAGACUUUCCGUCUCUACAACCUCUCACUUCAGAUGAUGAAGACUACGCCAAGAUCUUCCAAGCGCUGUUGGACCUCACACAGUUGUACGGAAACGUUCACGAUGUCCUCUACUCAGGAAUGCGCACGAGCAGUCAAAUGAUGUUGAUGGGAGAUUACGUGAAAUACGUCGACGACUUUCGAAAUGCACUUGACCGCUGGAAUCGGAAUUGGGGCACAUUAACCUGCUCUCAACACAUCAAGGUGACCCUACAGAUGUCUUACGAAUAUCUGAGGCUAUACACAAACGCUUUUGCGUUCCAAGCGGCAAUUUCCCAAGCACUCACCUCCAAACCCAAGGGAGAUGCUCCAAGUCACAGAGAGCACCUACGGGCAGCAUUUAGCAACGUUGCAUCUAUGCAGGAUGCCCGUUUUAUAUACGCAUCAGUUGAUGCCGCGAAAUCAUACCUCACAAUUCUGAAUAACUAUGUUGAUCCCGAGAAACAUUUACAUUUCAUGCCUCUUAGAUAUUAUCUAUAUAGCAUUUAUGCCGCUGUAUUCCUAUACAAGGCCCGCUCAUUUGGAGUAAUGAACCCUCCUGAGGAGCAAGCUGUGCGACAUUUGAUAAACCUUACGACAGACAGACUUCAUAGAGCGAGUGCAGGGCCCGACGACAUCGGCUCCCGCUAUGCUCGGCUACUCGAGCUUCUCUGGAAACCCAAGUCAUCGUCCUCAUCGUCAUCUAACACCCACGAGACGCUGCGCAAGGACGGAAAUAUCCCGACAGGAACAGUCCCAAAUAGACUUCCAGAGCAGACAUAUAUGCAAUAUUCACCAAUGAACGAUUUCUCCUGGUUGGAUCUAGAGGCUGUCGGUGACUAUGUCUCUGGAUAUCCAAUCGGGAAUCCCAACCUUCUCGGCAUGAAUUCAUUUCCACAUCAUAAUCCAUUCCCGGUAACCUCAGAGACGAUUUGGCCUGUUCAAAACUGGCCGGUUGAUCUUAACGGUAACUUAUUAUUUUGA